CGGGCGGGGGCCGGGGGGGCGGGCCGCGCCGCGGGGAGAAAAGCGCCGGCCGAAGGGCCCGCGGCCGGGCCGCCUGGGUGAGCGCGCCGAGGCGGCUGCGGCGCAGGCUUCCAGCCCCCACCAUGCCGUGGCCCCUGCUGCUGCUCCCACUGCUGCUGCUGGCCGUGAGCGGGGCCCAGACGACCCGGCCAUGCUUCCCCGGAUGCCAGUGUGAGGUGGAGACCUUCGGCCUCUUCGACAGCUUCAGCCUGACACGCGUGGACUGCAGUGGCCUGGGCCCCCACAUCGUGCCCGUGCCCAUCCCUCUGGACACAGCCCACUUGGACCUGUCCUCCAACCGGCUGGAGACCGUGAACGAGUCGGUGCUGGCGGGGCCGGGCUAUACCACGCUGGCAGGCCUGGAUCUCAGCCACAACCUGCUCGCCAGCAUCUCGCCCACCGCCUUCUCCCGCCUUCGCUACCUGGAGUCGCUCGACAUCAGCCACAAUGGCCUGGCAGCUCUGCCGGCGGAGAGCUUCACCAGCUCGCCCCUGAGCGACGUGAACCUCAGCCACAACCGGCUCCGAGAGGUCUCGGUGUCUGCCUUCACGACCCACAGCCCGGGCCGGGCGCUGCACGUGGACCUCUCCCACAACCUCAUCCACCGCCUGGUGCCCCACCCUGCAGGGGCCAGCCUGCCCGCACCCGCCAUUCAGAGCCUGAACCUGGCCUGGAACCGGCUCCGCACCGUACCCGACCUCCGGGACUUGCCCCUGCGCUACCUGAGCCUGGAUGGCAACCCGCUGGCUGCCGUUGGCCCGGGUGCCUUCAGGGGGCUGGCAGGCCUCACGCAUCUGUCACUGGGCAGCCUGCAGGGGCUCCCCCAGCUGGCGCCCCAUGGCUUCCGUGAGUUGCAAGGCUUGCAGGUCCUGGACCUUUCAGGCAACCCCAAGCUCAAGUGGGCGGGAGCUGAGGUAUUCUCGGGCCUGGGCUCCCUGCAGGAGCUGGACCUGUCAGGCACGGGCCUGGUGCCUCUGCCUGAGAUGCUGCUCGUCCACCUGCCAGCACUGCAGAGCAUCAGCGUGGGCCAGGGCGUGCGGUGCCGGCGGCUAGUGCGGGAGGGCGCCUAUCCUCGGCAGCCUGUCUCUAGCCCCAAGGUGGCCCUGCACUGCGUAGACCCCCGGGAAAGGGCUGCGGAGAGCCCCAACGCUUUGUGACAAACGGUGUGGCCCGGGGCCGUCUGAUACACUGCUGCCCUGGGCUUCCUCAGGGCCUGGGUAAUUUAUAUUUUCAUGUGCCAAUGCCAGGGGGCACCCUGCAGGCCUCUGUAGCAGCGCGGAAGAGAGCUGUGGACCUAGGGAGAGCUUUGGGGCUGGGGCCGACACCCAGGAGCAGAGUCUGGCCCCUCUGUCUGUGUUGCUCCCCAGACCAUAAGUAGAAGGUCUUAGAUGCCAAACCCAGACGGCAGUCCCCUGCCGUCCUUCCCCGUUUGUCCCCAAAGUGCCUUCCUUCAGGCCUGGGCCAACCUGACCUGUGACAGGGGGAGGGUGGAAGGGCGAUACUGCUGCAGAAAAGAGGUCAGGCCCACGGCUGAGCAUCCCCUUGGGCCCACGGUCCAGUCACUCAGGGGCAUGAGUUUCUUUUAUGAGGUAGCCCCCGCUUUGCCCUGGCCCAUGAGGCCCACCUCAUCCUUUUGUUUUCCUCUAGAACGCUGGGUGGAACCUUAGUCAUAGAAGGGACUAGAGAAAAAAAUCAAGUGCACCUCCUCAUGUGACAGGUGGGGACACUGAGGUCCAGAGAGGGCAAAUGGCUAAUCUAAGGCACUAGAGCCAUGAGGACAUUACCGGCCCCAGCAUCCUGCCUCCCAGCGAGGCCUUGUGCACUUCUCUGUCUUCUCUAAAUCAUGCCCUCUGUCCCCUUCCUGGGCUCCCCCAUCCUGCCAUUUGUACCCUUUCCCUGUCUUCCCCAGGACAGGCAAGGGCCUCAGAGGUGGGACUCGGACCCAAGACCAGCUGUAUGGCACAGGUUAAGUGAGUUCACCUCAGAGCCUCUGGAAGCUUCAGGCAUGCCAGUCCCAGCCCUACCAGUUUCCCACUCUGCAGUGGGGUCCUCCAGCGUUGAGACUGGAAAUUCGUCCAUUGACCCCUGCGGUACUGCCUCGGAGUGCAAGGAGUUGAUGCAGUCCUGGAGCCCCAAGGGGCCUCCUGGACUCGGUCCCCACUGGCCCUGAGCCCAACAGCCUCUCUCACCCAUCUUUGGGCAGGAGGCAGGUACCCCCAUCAAUGUUUAUGCUCUCAGCUUCCCAGCCCUGGGCUCUUUCCUUUGUAUUUGUUCUAUAAAAGUUGUUGCCUUUGUAAUGGACUGUUACUUCAACCACCCCUCCCCCGACCCCUGCCGGCAGGGGAUGGAAACGUGUCAUUUGUAAAAGAA